AAAACUCAUAUUUCCUCACCAUCUCUUUCCCUCCCGUAAGAAUCCAUCCCACCAUUCUCCGCCCCCUUUCCUGCAUUGUCUUCUCAUCUCGUUGAAGUGUCCCAUACGACUGCGCCAAAAUCACAGUAGGUAGAAUAUCAGCUACAUCGGAAACAUAUGCUUAGAUUGUCAGUUUAUACCAAAUGGAAAGAAAACAGCAUAUUGCCAUUUUUACCACAGCAAGUCUUCCUUGGAUGACUGGAACUGCUGUCAAUCCUUUGUUUCGUGCUGCUUAUCUUGCAAAAGAUGGGGGAAGAAAGGUCACGUUGGUGAUUCCUUGGCUAUCCCUGAAAGAUCAAAAAUUAGUAUAUCCUAAUAACACUACAUUCAGUUCACCUUCGGAGCAGGAGAAAUAUAUUCGUCAAUGGCUUGAAGAGAGGACUGCAUUUACGUCUGGCUUUGAUAUACGUUUUUAUCCUGGAAAGUUUGAUGUAGAUAAGGGGAGUAUUCUUCCUGCUGGAGACAUCUCUGAGAUCAUCCCUGAUGAAGAUGCUGAUGUGGCUGUCCUUGAGGAGCCUGAGCAUCUUACUUGGUUUCACCAUGGAAAGAGAUGGAAAUCCAAGUUUCGUCUUGUUGUAGGAGUUAUACACACCAAUUACUUGGAAUAUGUUAAGAGGGAGAAAAAUGGACAAUUGCAAGCAUUUCUUCUCAAAUACAUGAAUAAUUGGGUUGUUAGCAUCUACUGUCACAAGGUAAUUAGAUUAUCUGCUGCCACCCAGGAUUAUCCAGGUUCCAUAAUCUGCAAUGUUCAUGGUGUUAAUCCUAAAUUCCUUGAUACUGGGAAGAAAAUGAAAGAGCAGCUACAAUGUGGUAAUCGGCCCUUCACAAAAGGUGCUUACUACAUUGGAAAGAUGGUGUGGAGCAAAGGCUACAAGGAGUUGCUAAAACUUUUGCGUGAUCACCAAAAGGAAUUAGCUGGUCUUGAAGUUGACUUAUUUGGAAGUGGACAGGAUUCGGAUGAGGUUAAGGAAGCUGCAAAAAAGUUGGAAAUUACAGUUAGAGUUCAUCCAGGUCGUGAUCAUGCUGACCCUUUAUUCCAUGAUUUCAAAGUGUUCUUGAAUCCAAGCACCACAGAUGUUGUUUGCACAACCACAGCCGAAGCAUUGGCUAUGGGCAAAAUUGUUGUAUGUGCCGAUCACCCCUCAAAUGACUUCUUCAAGCAGUUUCCAAAUUGCCUAACUUACAAUGAUGGCAAAGGUUUUGUUGAAGCCACACGUAAGGCUCUUGAUGAGGAGCCUGCACCACUGACUGAGGCACAUAGACAUGAGCUAUCUUGGGAGGCUGCCACAGAGCGGUUUCUUAGGGUUGCUGAGCUGGACCAGGCUUUGGCGAAAAAAAUGGAGAGAAUAGCAUCAAAGAACUUUGCAUCGACAUCAAUAAACCUGCGAAAGAAGAUGGAGGAUGCUUCAGCAUACUUGCAUUAUGUAGCUUCUGGAUCCGAAACUACCAGAAGAGCAUUCGGUGCAAUUCCAGAGACCUUGCAACCAGAUGAAGAACAACGUAAAGAGCUUGGGUUGGCAGCUCCUGUUGGGAGACAAACCUCAAGACGUGGCUCCAUGAAAGUAAGGGAUUGAAAUAUAUCAUCCAAAAUACAUUUGGGAUCAAAUAGGAAAAGGAGAAGAAGCACUGGUUCAAUGAGGCAAUGCUAAUAUUUGUGUUCAAAAGCAGGAGUCUAGUGGCGGCAACAUCUUCUUCUUCAUGGUUGUAGUUUCUGUACAUAUAAAACUAAAAUAUCAAUGCAAUGCACAAAGUCAUCUACUCCUCUGCUAUGUAAUUAAUUGCAUAUCACUUCAUAUUAUUUCUCAAGAACAGAAUAAGGGAAAUGACCAACAAGAGCUUAGGCAAGUUUAUUAACUGCAGAACCUUGACAGUGUGCUUGUGUACAUAUAUAGGGGAGGAUUAUCCCUUAUUAUAUAACUUGUGAUAUUUGUAUGUACAUAGGGUAUAUUUUUACAAUUUUUCGAGCCAUAUCUUGCAAAAUCUGACAGUGAAUGAAGGAUAUCAAGUUUCUUCACACAAUGUAAAUAAAAUACAUGGUGUUUU